AGGCCUGCAGUGUGCCGUUACAUAUUAAAUAUUAAAAAAACUCGUAACAAUGAUCGAAAUAACACUACAAAACCCUAUAGUACAGUCCUAUAUUAUACACGUCACGAUAUUGACGGCAAAAUUACUGCUGAUGGCAACACUGACGACUACGAUUCGAAUGACGAAGGGAGUGUUCCAGAACCCCGAAGACGCGAAGCUGUUUAGAGGAGAAGUGAAGUACGACGACACGACGGUGGAGAGAGUUCGCCGAGCGCAUCUGAACGACCUGGAGAAUAUCCCUGCGUUUUGGCUGCUGGGGGCGCUCUACAUCACUACCGGGCCCUGGGACACCUGGGCCAUUCUCCUCUUCCGCAUCUUCACGGUCAGCAGACUCGUCCAUACGUUCGUGUACGCCAUCUGCCCGAUGCCCCAACCCAUCCGCGCGAUCGCGUACGCCAUACCCUUUAUCAUUAUGCUGUAUAUGGCCGUUCAAAUUGCGUUGUUCUACAUCACUGCUAUUUGAAAAGUUGAGAAAAUACUUUUAGU